CCACUGAAGAAGAACAAGGAAAAGCGGAAGUCCUGUGGUAUGUGCGUAGCAAAUAAAUAAACAUUUUCACAGAUACAGCUCGGUCAGUGGUCUUCCUCCUCCAGUCCAGAUUGAGGAGAUAGCUACCUGUCAUCCUGUCUGUCAGUAUGUCAUCCAGGAGAGAACAGAGUUCCAGGUCUCUCCUAUUUGGCUUGCUGCUUGUGCUGCUCUGUGAGGUGUUCUCGUUUGCACAUGCAAGCAAGAGUUUUGAAGACGUGCGCUGCAAGUGUAUCUGUCCACCCUACAGGAACAUCACUGGACACAUCUACAGCAGGAAUGUCUCCCAGAAAGAUUGUAACUGCCUCCAUGUAGUGGAGCCCAUGCCAGUGCCAGGCCAUGAUGUGGAGGCCUACUGUCUGCUGUGUGAGUGCAAGUAUGAGGAACGCAGCAGCAACACCAUCAAGGUGACGAUCAUCAUCUACCUGUCAGUGGUGGGCUCUCUGCUACUCUACAUGUUGUUCCUGCUGCUGGUUGAACCUCUCAUCCGUAAACAUGACCCCUACAUCCAACCCCUUCACAACGAGGACGACUCUGAGGACAUGCAGCCGCAGCCUGAGUGUGCUGCCGCUGCCCAGGGAGGCAGGGGUAACACGGUACUGGAACGGGUAGAGGGAGCCCAGCAGCGCUGGAAAAAACAGGUCCAGGAACAGCGCAAGACUGUCUUUGACCGACACAAGAUGCUUAGUUAAACCUCAAUGGCUGACUUCAGAUCAGAGGCUAGAGUCACCUCCCAAGCUUCCUCCAUAUCUGCUGCUGUUGUACUGUCACUAGCUACAUGUUGUUCUUCAGGAUUUCAAUCCCUUUGCCAUUUCAAUACAGUCCCUGCACAUUUAGGAUUGUUAAUGAGCGUUAUGGUAAUUCUGUUUGGAACGAUCGCUGGCCCAUUUGUCCUUUGUUUCCAAAAUGGUGGUUGCUGUCAUGAGAAUAUAGAGCAAAGUGGAAGUUGUGGUUGCAUCAUCAUCUCUGCAUCAUCUGCAUGGAAAGAUAAAACAGGAAAUGGAACUGGAUAUAUUACAAUCACUUUAUCCAAAAUAAGCUUUGAAAAAGUAGGACUGAUUCAGAAUAUUUUUAAUAUGCUUAAGCACAUGUUACAAAUAAUUUUCAAUCCUCAUUGUAGCAUUGUUGUAUUGUGAAGCUAACUCAGCGCACCGGAUACUUUAGGUAGGCUGAAUGCUUGUGAAUGAUAGGCUCACUGUAAAUAGGCUGCCGGUAUGUAAUUGGUUACUUUAAUUAUUAGCUGGUGCCAAGCCAAGUUCAUUGCUUAGUUUAAGCACUAUUUAUCAUCAGAACCACUUGUGGUUCAUUUUGCACUUCCUGAUGAUAUCCUUUGCACUUAAAGACACAAGAAAGGAAAAUGUAUUGCUUUAUUUAGCCAUGUCAUGAUGAUUGAUAGUUUGGCUGGCUUUGAAAAAUGUGUUGUUUGAUAGGCUGUCUACCUGGAGUGGACACAGAUGAGUGAAACCUCAGAGGGUGCUAAAUGUGAAUAGCUUAGCUUGUAACGGUCAUUGUAAUGUAGUCAUUUACUGUAGAAUCACUGGAAUGCCAAAUGUCUUUGUAUGAUUCCAGAGUGGAAUAUUGCAGUCAGUGGAUUGUCUCACAUUCCAUUAGCUAGCUCUGACUGAGGCUAUGUGCUGUGUGUGUGGAGGGGGGACAUUUCCAAUCACAUUCUGAGGUGAAGUUAUGCUAGCCUGCUUUACCUCAAACACACACACAUUGAGAAUUGAUGAAAAGGACCUAUUGAAUUAAUGUUUUAGCUGAUGUAUUUUAAUGCAGAUCUACUCUUAAUUGACAUUAUUUUGAAUGUAAUUAUCAAAAGGAAUAUGGUAGGGCCUGUAUGUUGAUGUUAAAGACAUAUCAACUGAUGUGUGUUUUGAUAUAGGCUAGGAUUUUAUUACAUUAUUUUAGUUGGACUCUGUUCUGAGAUCUUGCGAUGUUGAAAGAAUGUCUGUGUAAUUGUCUAAACCAUGCUUGGAAAACAGUAAAAAUGGACCUUGGUUGAGCUUA